ACAUUGAAUGCUCAGAUUACAUGACACUCUAGUGCUCUACUCUCCCACUCUCUCUCCUUUCUCUCUCUCUCUCUCUCUCAACACAAGUACACAGCAGUUGUGUUGUGAAGUAAUGUUACAGAUUCUCAGAUAAAACUGUCUAGUCUUGUGUGGUUUCGGAAGCAGAACAAGAACAAGAAUCAUGAAUGAACAACAAAACAAGAUGUGUUUUUCAACUACAACCAACACGGGUUUUCUUCUUGACCCUGCAAAAUGUGGUGUGCUGAAUUUCCAAGACAAGCAAAGACUUGUUCACGAGGUUGCUCGUCAGUCCAAAGAUGCCCCAAAUAUACUUCAAGCGUUUACUCGCCGGGAACUCCUAGAAUUAAUCUGUGCUGAAUUAGGCAAAGAACGGAAGUACACAGGAUACACGAAGGACCAGAUGAUAGAAUAUCUUCUGAAGUUAAUUUCUAAGAAAUCCAACUUGCACGUUGACCAAAAUGCUUUUGCUUAUUCUCCUUCCAAAAGUUGCAUAGGAUCUAAAAGGAAAAAGGAACCUCCAUCUCCAGAUUUACGUAAUGUUCAACUAGAGAACACAAAUGAGGAAACAAUGAAAACCUUAGUGUGUCAGAAUGUUGCAUGCAAAGCUACGCUGAAUCCAGAACGUUCGUUUUGCAAGAGAUGUUCUUGUUGUAUAUGUCGUUGUUACGAUGAUAACAAGGAUCCCAGUUUGUGGUUGACCUGCACCUCUGAUAAUCCAAAUGAGGCAUCAUGUGGAAUGUCAUGCCAUUUGCAAUGUGCCUUAAGUAAUCAAAUGGCUUGCAUUUUGAAGGGAGGUUGUAGUACAACCUUAGAUGGAAGCUUCUAUUGUGUUUCUUGUGGAAAAAUUAACGACUUAAUGAGGACUUGGAGAAAGCAAUUAUUGGUUGCCAAAGAAGCAAGAAGAGUGGAUAUACUCUCUUUGCGAAUUUCCUUGGCCCACAGAAUGCUCAUAGGAACAAAAGUAUACAAGGAAGUGCAAAAGAUUGUAGAAACUGCUCUCAAAUUACUGGAGAAUGAAGUGGGACCUCUGGAUCAUGUAUAUGCUAGGAUGACUCGUGGAAUUGUGAGCAGGCUCUCGUGUGGUGCUGAGGUUCAGAAGUUGUGCUCUACUGCAGUUCAAUGUUUUGAUUUAAAGUUUUCUGAAAUCUUUUCUAGUUGUGCAGAAAAGAAAGAAGCACCAACAGCAUGCUCUUUACAUUUUGAAGAGUGUCUUCCUACCUCAGUGGUCAUUGUGCUUGAAUACAACGACAAACUUUUAAAGAACUUUCUAGGCUGCAGGCUUUGGCACGGAAUAUCAACAAUGGACUAUCCGGAACAACCCACUUUCAUUGUUUUGAGGCCUGAGAAAAGAUUCAAGUUAGAAAACCUCACACCGUCUACUGAGUACUCUUGCAAGGCUUCUAUAUUCAGCAGCACAGGGAUUUUAGGUGCAGCAGAAGCUAAAUGGGUAACACCUUGCAAACAACCUCCAAAAGUUAUUCGACAUAUUGCGAAUCAUUCAACUGUCAACACAUGUGCACCAGACCAAAUUAAGAUACCUGCUGAAAAGCACAUGCUUUUAAACAUCCCGAACUGGAUUGAAGAGUUUCUUAGCAAGCCUCCAACAGCAGAACCUUUUUCGCAUAAAAGUUUUGCAGCAAUUCCACCUGCCACACCUUCUAAAUCCAACGAAAUGAGACAAAUGACUGGUUUAAAUUCUAGAAAACGCGUGAAGGAAAAUGAUUAUGAGUAUUCUGUGAGGGUAGUCAAAUGGUUAGAGCAUCAAGGGCACAUAGACGAAAUCUUCAGAGUGAAGUUUCUCACUUGGUUCAGUCUCAAGGCUAAUCAGCAAGAACGAAGGGUGGUUAGUGCUUUUGUUGAUGCACUGAUUGAUGACCCUGCAAGCUUAGCAGACCAGCUAAUACACACUUUCACUGAUGAGAUUUGUUGCGAUCAAAAAUCUUAGUAGAGAUAGUUUCUACAUUUAAUAUUUGUUUUUUGGUUUGAUUCCACUGAACCUAUAUGGCAUUGGGUGGUUUUAUUAGUUCGAUUAUAAAUGGUACUGGAUAUCUAUAAAGUAGUUUGAACUUAGGGUCAGUACAUGGAUCAGAUUUUUCAGUUGUUCCUCUAGCUAGUGAUGGGGUGCAUUAAUUUAUGUUAUUUAAAGAAAUCUUAGUAACAUGCAUUUUAACA